AUGAUUAGGCCAAUGUUUGGUAUUCUAGUCAUUUUGGCUAUACUCAGCUUUCCGGCGAUUGAGUCCCGGAGUCACCAAAAUGUGGUGUCUUCAGGGAUUAGAUUUUCAGCAUUGAAUUGCCGGAAACAUAGUGCAAUAUUGACUGACUUUGGUGCGGUUGGAGAUGGAAAAACUUCUAAUACAAACGCGUUUAAGAAAGCCAUAAGCAAGCUCAGCCAAAUGGCAACCGACGGUGGAGCUCAACUCGUAGUUCCUCCCGGAAAAUGGCUUACGGGAAGUUUUAACCUUACCAGCCACUUUACUUUGUUCAUCCAACGAGGGGCUACCAUCCUUGCAUCUCAGGAUGAAUCUGAAUGGCCAGUGAUCGCUCCUUUGCCAUCUUACGGGAAAGGAAGAGACGGGACCGGAACCGGGAGAUUCAACAGUCUCAUCUCCGGUACAAACUUAACCGACGUGGUUAUAACCGGUAACAAUGGAACUAUCAACGGACAGGGACAAUAUUGGUGGGAUAAAUUCAAAAAGAAGCAAUUCAAGUUAACAAGACCAUACUUGAUCGAACUCUUGUUCUCCAAAAACAUUCAAAUCUCGAACAUCACAUUGAUCGAUUCACCAUCGUGGAAUAUUCAUCCCGUCUAUUGUAAUAACGUCAUUGUCAAAUCCGUCACCGUUCUUGCUCCCGUCACUGUUCCCAACACCGACGGAAUCAAUCCAGAUUCUUGCACAAACACAUUGAUCGAAGACUGCUACAUAGUCUCCGGCGACGACUGCAUCGCGGUAAAAAGCGGUUGGGACCAAUACGGAAUCAAAUUCGGAAUGCCAACGCAGCAACUCUCCAUCCGACGGCUCACAUGCAUCUCCCCAAAGAGUGCAGGAGUAGCCUUAGGAAGUGAAAUGUCCGGAGGAAUCAAAGACGUUAGAAUUGAAGACGUGACUCUAACCAACACCGAAUCCGCAAUCCGAAUCAAAACUGCGGCGGGACGUGGAGCUUACGUCAAGGACAUUUUCGCUAGGAGGAUAACAAUGAAGACGAUGAAAUACGUUUUCUGGAUGAGUGGAAACUACAAUAGUCAUCCUGACGAAGGAUUUGAUCCCAAGGCGUUGCCGGAAGUUACUAAUAUCAAUUACCGCGAUAUGACGGCGGAGAACGUUACCAUGUCGGCGAGUCUUGACGGGAUUCAUAAAGAUCCGUUUACGGGUAUUUGUAUAUCGAAUGUGACUAUAGCUUUGGCAGAUAAGGCUAAGAAGGUGCAGUGGAAUUGUACAGAUGUGGCUGGAGUUACCAGCAGAGUUACGCCAGAACCAUGUAGUUUGUUGCCGGAGAAGAAAGCUCCGGCCAAGAAUGAGGACUGUGCGUUUCCGUCUGAUUUGAUUCCGAUUGAGAGUGUUGUAUUGAAGAAGUGCUCUCUUUGAUAUAGUAUAGUGACAGUCACAGAUUAAGAUGAAUUAAAACUUUAUGAAAUUUUAUAAUAAAAAU